CACCUCGACGUUUAUUCACUUGUUCCGUCCACCUCUAUAUUCAGUCAGUCUUCGAACCUUGUGCGGCGUUGACGCGUCUACAGUUUCUUACUUUUUUAAUUCCUGUUGGACUUAUUAAUCGACGACAACUUGUUGCUAUUGUUUUCAAUAGUUUUGAAUUGAACCGGCCGGAAAUCAUUGUGUUAACUUCGCCGUUGUGAUUGUUUCACUCACCUUUAACGAUUUUGUUACUGAAGAGUUUUUAUUGUUGUUGGUGUGUACAGUUUUUGUUUAAAUUUUGGAAUCAAUUUGAAUAAAUAAAACUGAAAAAGAAACGUGAGUUGAAAACGGUUUGAAAGGAAACGAUUAAAUAAAUAAACUAAACCCCACACGUCAUGCUCGCGUAGAAGAAAAGAUAAAAUAACUUUAAACCGGUAAAAAUGGAGGAUGUCGACGUAAUCGAUGCUGCUUUAAUGGUAAAAACCGACGGUCCUAAAAGGGUUCCUUCAAUUGAAAUCCUCAACAGUGAAAUGCCGGGAAGAUGCAAUCAAAAGGAACGCGGAAAGAGAGCCUUUAAAGCUUUAUUGAACAAAUUAAGAUUGAGAAAAUGUGCUAGUGCUGAUAUUACAGAACCGGAUCCAACGUACAAAGUUGCUUAUUUGGGGAAUGUUGUUACUGGAUGGGCAAAAGGUGAUGGUUGUGUCGAAAAACCUUUAGCAACAUUAUGGAGAAAUUACACUCAAUCAUCACGUCCAGAUGUAAGAAUGCAACUCACCGUAAGUGGAGGAGGAUUAAAAGCGACAACCAAAGAUCACGGAUUAACUGAAUACUGGGCGAAUAGAUUAACAUUUUGUGCGGCCCCUCAACAUUUUCCUCGUUUAUUCUGUUGGGUUUAUCGUCACGAAGGUAGACGUUUAAGACACGAAUUGCGUUGUCAUGCGGUUCUUUGUUCAUCAUCUCAAGUUGCCCGUCAAAUCGAGAUGAAACUUAAGCAAUCUUUAGCCCUGGCCUUGGCCGAAUUUAAACGCGACAAGAUCAACAGACAAAACGCCCGACUUUCUUUGGUCAAUUCGGUUUAUGAGAACCCAACGAUGCCUCGGAGAAAGAUUUUAUUAAGCACAGGUGGUCAAAAUUAUAGGCCACCUUUAGAAAGAUCGAAAUCUGCGCCGAAAUUAACGAUAAUCGAGGAGAAUUUAGAAGAGACUGAGGAAAUUUUUGAAGGAAGGCCUAGAAAUCGAAUUCUUAGGCAUUACGAUAGCUCAGAUGCGCUUUUAGAGAAAAAAGUAAGCUGUGAUAUAAAACAGAAAAGAUCAACUCGCAAAUUUUGUGAUGGAAUCCCCGAAGAAUUAUCUGUUGAUGAAAGAAGCGAAAUGAUUUUAAAUGAAUUAAUCGAAAGUAGUCUUCAAAGCGAUCUUAUAGAAUCGUGUAAUGUAAAUGGAUGGUUGAGAACAUUGUCAGAAACGCCUGAUUUAAUUCCGGUUGAUAGCGAUGAAGGUUCGUUAUCGAGCGGUUGUGAAAGUGCGAGUACAGUCACUUCCGAUUCAGACCAACCACACUUCACCACAAUCCUUGAAGAAGAAACCCAAAAUCAACAGGAUGAUGAUAAAACGAUGGAGAAAAAGACUGAGUUAGACUUUAAAGUUGGAGGAAGUGUCGUUCUUCCAAAAGUAAGAAGUCUUGAAAGGAUUGUUGUGGGAACAGAUUUACGCAUGUAUUGUGACAUUAAAUUACAAAGCGAAGAAGUUUCUUUAGUUCCGGUUGGUGAAAGUCAACAAACCGAUUUUAGCUCAUUGAAAGUUUUUAAGAGAAAAGUUCAAUUCGAGCACGAUUCGAUUAGGUAUGAUGAUGAUGAGGAAGAAAUCGGAAGUGCGUGUAGCGACGAAAGUGGUUAUGAUGAAGAUUUAGAGUGCACAAGUUCUGUUGGGAAUAUAGUUUUAGUGUAAAUUUUGCACAAAUGAUUUGGGAAUAAAAUACAGUAAUAGAAUUCCAAUUUUUUAAUUCAAUAGUUUCCAUAGUACAAAGUGAUCACGCCAAAACAAUUACUCACCAGAUGCACAAAACAGGAUUUUGUAAUAACAUAAAAAUAUUAAAAAAAAAUACUACUCUUUUUAAAGAAAUUUUUAUUGUUGUGAUUAUUACUUAAUUUAAUAUUGUUUAAUUUUCUUCAAUAGAGUGUUACCGUUGAUUAAGUUGUUGUCGUGUGUAAAUAGUAAAAAAAAAUAAUUUGUACAGUACUACUUUUCUUACGUAAAAUAUCUAUUUGUACAGGGCACACAGUUAUAAGUACCUCACGUUGUUGAAAAUAUAAUUAUAUGUGUAAUAAAAUAAAUGGUUAUUUUAAUUUUAAA